GCGGCAACUGUUGGCGGCUCUGCUAAUUGUCACCAGCUGUCACUAUACUACAAACAUGGCGGCAGUGGUGUCUGUUGUGUGAUGUCUGUUUAAAGAUCGGUAAUCGAAUUUAAAAAGUUUUGUUAAAACGAAUCGCAAUUACUGUCGGGGUAAUAAAAACGUCAAGCGCCAUGGGCAACGCUGACACUAAAAUGAAUUUUCGAAAGGCCGUUGUGCAGUUGACAUCGAAAACUCAGGUGAUUGAUACAUCAGAUGAUAUAUUCUGGGAUCAAUUCUGGUCUGAGAAUGUGACCAAUGUGCAAGACAUCUUUACUCUGAUACCAGCUCCUGAGAUUCGUGUACUGAGAGAGGAAGCGCCUUCCAAUCUGGCAACAUUAUGUUACAAAGCGGUUGAAAAAUUAGUCAAGGCUGUGGAUAGUAGCUGCAGAACUCAGGGAGAGCAUCAAACAGUUCUGAACUGCUGUCGUUUGCUCACACGCUUGUUACCUUAUAUAUUUGAAGAUCCUGACUGGAAAGGAUUUUUUUGGUCUAGUUUACCUGGCAAAGAUGAUGAAGAAAGCUUACCACUGGCACAUUCUCUGUUGAAUGCACUUUCUGAUUUGUUGUUCUGUCCUGAUUUUACAGUAGCUGCAAACAGAAAGUCAGGUCCAGACAAAGCUGAUGAAUUGCAGUCAAUAGACAGUUGCGAAUAUAUUUGGGAAGCAGGUGUAGGUUUUGCGUAUUCGCCACCCAGGUAUCCUAUUCUGGAUUCUAACCGGACGGAACUGCUGAAGCUUUUGUUAACAUGCUUCAGCGAAACUAUGUACAAUCCGCCGACCGACUUGUCUGUUACACCGAACAGGUGGAUUCAACAUUUGACUAGUAGCGAAAACAGACACGCUUUGCCUAUGUUUACAUCGUUACUGAACACGGUAUGCGCAUAUGAUCCGGUCGGUUAUGGAGUACCGUACAAUCAUUUGCUGUUCACCGAUUCCUUAGAACCGCUAGUGGAUGUCGCUCUGCAAAUUUUGAUUGUGACUUUGGAUUACGAUACCACAGGCGGAGUGCCAUUGGAGGAGGGUGCAGCCGGAGAUAAUUUAUUCAUUAAUUACUUAAGUCGAAUUCAUCGCGACGAAGACUUCCAGUUUGUCUUGAAGGGUAUCACAAGGUUGUUGAACAAUCCAUUGAUGCAGACAUAUCUACCAAAUUCGACCAAGAAAGUGCACUUUCACCAAGAACUGUUAGUUUUUUUCUGGAAGAUGUGCGAUUACAACAAGAAAUUCUUGUACUAUGUGUUAAAGAGCUCAGACGUUCUCGAAGUUCUCGUUCCGAUACUUUAUCAUUUGAACGAUUCACGUGCUGAUCAAUCACGUGUUGGUUUGAUGCACAUCGGUGUGUUUAUCUUGCUUCUUUUGAGCGGAGAACGGAAUUUCGGAGUGAGAUUGAACAAACCGUAUACAGCUACAGUGCCUAUGGAUAUCCCCGUUUUUACCGGAACGCAUGCCGACCUUCUAGUCACUGUGUUUCACAAAAUCAUCACAACCGGUCAUCAAAGAUUGCAACCGCUAUUCGACUGCCUGCUGACUAUUUUAGUCAAUGUCUCGCCGUAUCUCAAAACGCUGUCUAUGGUGGCCAGCACCAAACUGCUGCAUUUGUUGGAAGCAUUUAGCACACCGUGGUUCCUUUUCUCAGCGCCCACAAAUCACCAUUUGGUGUUCUUUUUGCUCGAAAUUUUUAACAAUAUUAUCCAAUACCAGUUUGACGGGAACAGCAACUUAGUCUACACUAUAAUACGCAAGCGACAGGUGUUUCAUGCUCUGGCAAAUUUGCCAAGCGAUUGUAAUACGAUCGCGAAGUCGCUAAGUAAGAGACAGCGUCGUCACGUACCCGCCAGCAUGUCUAACGAAAAUGUCAGUGAAGCCGCGAUGGAAGGCUCGCAUCCUGCGUUACCCGCCGAACCUGGCACCUUGAAGGCGUCGUUAUUGGAGACUCCUGGUAUCGAAAACAUGACGGAAAAGGAAUCGGCGCACCCGCUGAGUCCAUCGGCGAGCGUCGAUAUCGGCAAAUCGAUCAAUAAUCGAUCGGAGAGCAAAACGGACAUUGCGGAAGAAUCGCCAAACACACCGAAAAAUUCUGUGGUACCUAAAGGUGGCAUUCGCGUGUCCGAGCAAGCGAAUUCUCACGUCAAUAAUGUAAAUCAGUGGGUACCGUCCAGCGAGUGGGUAUACCAGUGGAAAAGCAAACUCCCGUUACAGACUAUCAUGCGAUUGCUUCAGGUCCUCGUGCCGCAGGUCGAGAAGAUCUGUAUUGACAAGGGACUGACGGAUGAGAGCGAGAUCUUAAAGUUCCUCCAGCACGGCACCUUGGUCGGUUUGCUUCCAGUGCCGCAUCCUAUUCUCAUCAGGCGAUAUCAAGCUAACGCUGGCACCACCGCAUGGUUCCGCACGUACAUGUGGGGUGUCAUAUAUCUAAGAAACGUUGAACCACCGAUAUGGUACGACACGGACGUCAAGCUGUUCGAGAUCCAAAGAGUUUAGAUAAUCGAGCCGAGGUUUUUCGUUAUUGUUUGUGCUCGAAAUAUUAUUUUUAUUGACAGAAUACACAAGAAAGGUAAGUCUCGUUGAAUUUCUGAGAGAAUUAUAUAUCGUUCCUCUGAAUAUUGAUUAUAAGAUUGACG